UUUAUAUCCCAAUGUCCUUUGUUCCUACUUCCUUUUCGUCUUUUUCCGGCCUUCAAGAUGUCGAAGCGAGGACGUGGUGGGUCCUCCGGUGCAAAAUUCCGGAUUUCCCUGGGUCUUCCAGUAGGAGCCGUGAUAAACUGUGCUGACAACACAGGAGCCAAAAAUCUGUAUAUCAUCUCUGUGAAGGGGAUCAAGGGACGACUGAACAGACUUCCCGCUGCUGGUGUGGGUGACAUGGUGAUGGCCACCGUCAAGAAAGGGAAACCAGAGCUCAGGAAAAAGGUACAUCCCGCAGUGGUAAUACGACAGCGGAAGUCAUACCGAAGAAAGGAUGGUGUGUUCCUUUAUUUUGAAGACAAUGCUGGGGUCAUAGUAAACAAUAAAGGUGAAAUGAAAGGUUCUGCCAUCACUGGACCAGUUGCCAAGGAGUGUGCGGACUUGUGGCCCAGGAUUGCAUCCAAUGCCGGCAGCAUUGCAUGAUUCUCCAGUAUAUUUGUAAAAAUAAAUAAAACUACACCC